AUGAAUGAGUUAAUGACGUAUUCGAAAGCAGGACAAAUCGUUCAAGAAGUGUUUAGUUCACUGAGAACUGUUCUUUCACUCAAUGGUAGCAAAUUUGAGCAGAAACGGUAUGAAAAAGAAUUACAUUCUACUCGUUGGAGUAGUAUACGACAAGGUGCGGUGUUUGGAAUUUUUACUGGAUGGCUAUCUCUGAUAUCCUACCUAGCUUAUUCAGUUGGUUUUAUCUUUGGUUCUCUUUUCACGUCAGACAGAGUUCAUCAUAAUUCGGAUAUUAGUGAUAUUCUUGUUGUAAGUAAUUCAUAUAAUCAAUCAUUAUGUAUAUGA